AAAGAGAGCAUGAGUUAUUACACAGAUAAAUGGACUUUUGCUAGCUUAUGUAAUUAUGCUCGGAUCGAUGACACAGAGAUUCAGUGAGUUUAGCCCUGAAAUCAAGGAUAGCCACAUGAGUAGUGAAAAGACUGAGGAUGAGGGACUGAGAGGAUGAAGACAAAAGAGCAUUAACACGAGAAGGGCAAUCAUGAGUAAAGAUAUCAGUAAAAUGAUUCCAGCUGCACUGAAACCAAGGCUGUAUCUCAGAAACUCGCGUCACAGUCACAUCCCUAAAUGGGUGUCGAACGAAUAAGAAUGAAUACGAAUUAAUAACACAUGAAUGACACAUGACUGUGAUUCUUGAGCAGUCAGUCAGGCACUCAGUCCGUGAUUGACGGAUCCAUUUGCCUCAGUUGACAAGCGUCUGGCUUGAUGGUAUACUUGUCCUCAUUCCUACAACACCGAGGUGACACACUCUCUCUCUCUCCCACUCAUACGUGUAUUCUAUAUUUGAGACACAUAGUUAUUCUGUAUUACUCUACAGGAUUGUCAGGGGAAAAUAGCCCUAUAUUCGCCAAGCAAUUAAAUUCUGUGAUAGAAUCAUAAGACAUUUCAAAAGCGUUUUGAGGAUGAAGAAAGUUGCUUGUUUACUGUGUUAGCGUCGGUCCAACACCUUCCGUUUAUACAAACAGCAGAUUUACCCUGAUUUUGAGCUCUCGGAAGCCUGAAACGUAAACAAUUAUUUUCCAUUCAAACAUUGUUUUUCCUGGUUAUGAUAAGGCAACACAUCACUACUAAGCUAAGUUAUUUCAGUCAUUUAAAUAGCCUGUUGGAAGUCUUACAGAUUUCCUUCCCCGCCCAGUGUCCACUUCUUCCAAACAAGACUGGUCUUAUCUCUGCUCCUCUAGUACUUGGCUGCACCCGCUGCCCCUGUCCUUAUUCCUGUCCCUAAUCCUGUCCUUAUUCCUGUCCCUAUUCCUGUCCCUAUUCCUGUCCUUAUUCCUGUCCCUAUUCCUGUCCUUAUUCCUGUCCUUAUUCCUGUCCCUAUUCCUGUCCCUAUUCCUGUCCUUAUUCCUGUCCCUAUUCCUGUCCCUAUUCCUGUCCCUAUUCCUGUCCCUAUUCCUGUCCCUAUUCCUGUCCUUUUUCCUGUCCCUAUUCCUGUCCCUAUUCCUGUCCUUAUCCUGUCCUUAUUCCUGUCCUUAUUCCUGUCCCUAUUCCUGUCCCUAUUCCUGUCCUUAUUCCUGUCCCUAUUCCUGUCCCUAUUCCUGUCCCUAUUCCUGUCCCUAUUCCUGUCCUUAUUCCUGUCCCUAUUCCCGCCCAUAUUCCUAUCCCUAUUCCUGUCCCUAUUCCUGUUCUUAUUCCUGUCCCUAUUCCUGUCCUUAUUCAUGUCCUUAUUCCUGUCCCUAUUCCUGUCCUUACUCCUGUCCUUAUUCCUGUCCCUAUUCCUGUCCCUAUUCCUGUCCCUAUUCCUGUCCUUAUUCCUGUCCCUAUUCCUGUCCCUAUUCCUGUCCCUAUUCCUGUCCAUAUUCCUGUCCCUAUUCCUGGGCCUCAGGCUAAAACUCUAACUCGAUUAGCUCUGUGAUUGUGUCCACACUCAUCCAGCCCUCAUCCAACCCUGCAUCUGACGACCGGUAGAAAACACCAGCACUUCCUGGGUUGAAGUCUCGCACUAACAACCCCAGUGCUGUAGCUGGAAUUGUUUUGGUUUACCUUCAUUUUUGACCGCGGAAAACAUUGCAGGCCUCGUCAUGCUGCAGGCUAUAGAGUAACAAAGUCCAAACAUUUUUGAGUUGCCAGGAUAGGUCACAUGAUCAGGGAAAAACUCCUGUCCCUCGUCUCUUCAGUACUGUGUAUUAUUUCCAGGCCAGGCGUCCUAUAUAAACAUGUGAACACGCUCUGAUGUGACUUGUGGUCAAAUUGUCCAUAAGGGCAGUGUGUUCCGUAGGGGUAUUGUUCUCUGUGCAGUAGGUGAUCUCUUCAGUACGGUACAUUAUGUCCUGUGAAAGAGAGAUCUCUUAGUCACUGUGUCGUUCAGCCAGCUGCCAUUAGGUAGAAGUGCUAUAGCAGUGACUCAUCUGCCUUACCACCUGAGGCUACAGGUACGCCCUCCCGCGGUUGAGAGAGAGAGAAAUAGCAGUAGUAAUCAUGUCAGAGCACACUGGUCCCCCUCGCUACAGCAGCAGCUGGAAGGGGUUAAAAAGAGGAGGGGCGAGAGAGGUUUGGAAUGGAAACUGCCUCUGGGCGUGUACCAGAACAGGUAAAGAAACGGGGAGGAGAGAGAGAAAGAGAGAAUAAGCCAAUGACAGAGCGAGAGAGAGGGAGAUAGCGAGAGAAAACAUGGAGAGUACAGACAAAACAGGCUCUCGGGGGAACACUUCCUAGUAACCUGGCUGGGUGGAGCCUAUGGCCAGAGCUGGGAGCGGCUGAGCGAGAGGCUGCUGUGGUGUGGUGUGUUCGCUACGGUGUCUUUCUGAAUGGUGUUUGUCUGAGUUGGGCUCCUCUGCUAUGAGAACACACACCAGCACUGACCGUGGAGCCCAGCGGAGCCUGUGCUGUGGAGGAGGAGGAGGAGGACAUGAGGUCCGACAGGGAGGAGGGGACAUCCGUGUUGCUGCGUGAGGAGGUGGCCCAGCUGCAGGAGGAGGUGCACCUGUUGAGGCAGAUGAAGGACAUGUUGAGUAAGGACCUGGAGGAGACCCAGGGCCAGGGCUGCUCCUCCCACCUCCUUUCAGCCACUGAGCUCCGUGUGCAGCUGGGAGACAAGGAGCAGGAGCUGGACCGCGCCAAGGAGGCCUUACAAGCUAUGAAGUCUGACCGUAAGCGUCUGAAGGUGGAGAAGGCCGACUUGGUAAACCAGAUGCAGCAGCUGUACACCACACUGGAGAGCCGGGAGGAGCAGCUCCGAGACUUCAUACGCAACUACGACCAGCACCGUAAGGAGAGUGAGGAUGCUGUGAAGGCCCUGGCUAAGGAGAAGGACCUGCUGGAGAGGGAGAAAUGGGAUCUGAGGAGGCAGACCAAGGAAGCUACAGAGCAGGCCUGCAUCCUGCGUUCUCACAUGGACAUGAAGGAGAACCGCAUCAAAGAGCUCGAGGCUGAGCUCACAAUGGCAAAACAGUCCCUGGCCACGUUGACUAAGGAUGUGCCGAAGCGCCACUCCCUGGCCAUGCCCUCAGAGCCGGUGGUGAACGGCAGUCAGGAGUGGGCGAUGCAGGGAGACCUGCCCCUCACCGCUGCCAUCCGCCAGAGCCAACAGACCCUCUACCAUGGACACACUGUGGACCGCCAGGCGGUGGUCAGGGUCAGUCCCUGUCACUCCCGCCAGCCCUCCAUCAUCUCGGACGCGUCGGCGGCUGACGGGGAUCGGUCGUCCACCCCAAGCGACAUCAACUCCCCCCGCCACCGGACCCACUCCCUCUGCAAUUCUAUGGAGGACCUGGAGGACCAGAAGCGUAAGACAAAGAAGAAGGAGAAGAUGAGUCUGGGCUCCCUGUCCCGGGUGUUUGCUCGGGGAAAGCAGCGCAAGUCAAUGGACCCGGGCCUGUUUGAUGACUCUGACAGCCUCUCCAACCUAUCAACACAACAACCCAGCCUAUCAGACGGAGAGGAGCAGCUGGACCGCCUCCAGCAGAUGGAGCUCACUCGGAACAUGCCCAUGUCACUGUGGAAGGCAGGGGCGGUACAAGCCUGGCUGGAGGUUGUCAUGGCAAUGUCCAUGUACCUUCGUGCUUGCUCGGAAAACGUCAAAAGUGGGAAGGUGCUGCUGGGGCUGACAGACGAGGACCUGGAGCUGGGACUGGGCAUCAGUAACCCCAUGCACCGCAGGAAGCUACGCCUCGCCAUCGAGGACUACAGGGAGGCAGAGGCUGGCCAGGGGCUAUCAAAGGCUGCUGAAAUGGACCAUCAUUGGGUUGCCAAAUCUUGGUUGAGUGACGUCGGGUUGCCCCAGUAUUCCCAAGCCUUCCAAAGCCAACUGGUGGACGGCCGGGUGCUCAACUCCCUCAGCCGACGAGACCUGGAGAGACUCCUGAACAUCACCACCCAGUCCCACCAAACCAGCCUGCUCCUGGCCAUCCAGCUCCUGCAAUUGCUCAACUUCGACAAAGAGGUCCUGGAGGCUCGCCGAGCCCAGAGUGAGCACAAGGACCAGGACCCAGUGGUUUGGACUUGCCACAGAGUUAUAAAGUGGAUCAGAGACAUAGACCUAAAAGAGUAUGCUGACAGUCUUCAUGGCAGGGGAGUCCAUGGUGCUGUGUUGGCUCUGGACCCCUCAUUUGAUGCAGAUGCCAUGGCCAAGGCCCUGGGAAUCCCCAGCCACAAACACAUGCUUUAUCGGCACAUGUAUGAGGAGAUGAAGGCUCUCUCCAUCCCUGCCAGGCAAACUAGUGUGGAGCAGGAUUGUGAAGUGCCGGGAACGGGAGACCCACCACAAUCCCCUUCUGCUGUUAGCCGCUAUAACGAGGAGAUAGUGUCUAUGAGACGAAGGUCAGGCAAGAGUCCUCUUCGGUUUAACCCAAAGAUCGCCAUUGGACGGGGCCUUGGUUACCAUGGCAGCUGUGGAUCUCUGCCCAGAGAGGCACGGGUGCAGGCUGUGCCCAGGACAAAGGGAAGUCCCAUGCACACCUACAAGAGUGUUGAGAUCACCAAUGUCUGAACUGUGCCCUGUGGGGG